CGACCAGCCGUGCAUUUUUUCAAAAGAGCCCCCCAACCCUAAUCUCUCCACAGCCGUAGUCCUUUCCUCUCCUCUUCCCCACCUCUCUCUGCUCUGGCGAAACAGGGGAGAUCGACGGCGGCGGUCCGGUGAGAAGAGGCAGGCGGCCAUCGUAGGCGCUUGUCCGGCGGCGGCGCCGCUAGGAUGGCGCCCGUGCAUCGGCGACCUGGAGAUCCUCCUCCACGAUACGGAGCACAAGAGGAGGUUUUUACCGUAGAAAUCAACUAUGGUGGAUUUUUCUGCGGAUUUGGCCGAUCGAAGACGUAUGUCGAUGGUAAAGUUGCUCUGUUCGAUGGUUGCGAAGUAGAUACAUGGUCUCCUCUCUGGCUCACUGAUUUUAUGCAGCAACUGGGAUAUAGUGACCAAUCUAAGCAUGUUAUUUACUGGUUACUGCCUGGAAAGAAUUUAGCCGACGGACUGCGGAUUGUGGACUGUGACACUGACACUUUGCACAUGACAGCAGUUGUUCCAAAAUUCCAGUUGUUUCAGUUGUUUGUUGAUCACAAAGAUAUGGCCUUUGACAAUGUAAUGGAUGAUAUUCAUGUUAGUGGUACACCUGAGCUACCUCUUGUACUAAGCCCUAAAUCUCAUGGGUUUAGCAGUGGAAUAAGAGGAAGUCCCAGGUUUAAGGUGAAAGCUCACAAAGGCAGACUGAACCAAUGUCAUGCAGGCAGCAGCAAUGAAGGGAGUAGCAGUGUUCCACCAGUGGGACUAAAUGUUGGACAUGAGCUUAGAAGAAGCAGGAGGAAACUUGUGGUAGAAGAAGAAAUCCCCAAUGAAAAUGACAGUGACAGUGAUAGUGAUGACAGUGAAUGGGAUUCAGACUGGGUAGACUCUGACAAUGAAGUAGGCAAAGAUGAUGAUGAUCUAUAUGAAGAAUGGGUUGAUGAAAAAUUUGAGAAAAAAAAAGAAGAAAUCUGAAUGGGAGCAGGACAGUGACUAUGAUACAGAUGAACUGCAGGAGCUACAAGGUUCAGAGCUUGAAGAUAGUGAUUCAGCAGAGGAAGUGGAAGUAGUAUAUGCACAAGGAAGGAAAAAAAUGAAAAAGAAAGUGAAGCUGAAAAGGUGGAGGCCUGAGAACAUGAAAGAAGUCAAUUUUCACAUAGGCAUGGUGUUCUUGUCUGUCAUUGAACUAAGAGCAGCAAUUCAGGAGUACAUUGUGAAGCAAAGAGUGCAAAUUCAUUACAUAAAGAAUGAUAAGCAGAGGAUAAGGGCAGGUUGUGUUGGAGAUUGUCCCUGGUUCUUAUUUGCUGCACCUGACAGCAGGACCAAAGCAUGGGUUGUGAAGAAGUAUGUGGGUGAGCAUACAUGUGAAAGAGAGUGGGCACUCAAGCAAUUUACAGCAAGAUAUUUGGCUGGCAAGUAUGUGGAAACAUUUAGAGCAGAUGAGAAGAUGACACUGCAAAACUUUGGCAGACUUGUUCAAUUGGACUACAACAUGCAACCUACUAGAAGUAAGCUAGCUAGAGCAAGGAGGAUUGCACUAAAGAUAAUUCAUGGAGAUGAACUUGAGCAGUAUAAUUUACUGUGGGACUUUGCAGCUGAAAUCAGAAGAUCAAAUCCUGGCAGUACCAUGCUUGUGCAUGCAAACAAUGGAAAGUUUGAUAACUGCUACAUGUCCUUAGAUGCAUGCAAAAGGGGUUUUCUGCUAGCUUGUAGGCCCAUUAUAUGCAUUGAUGGGUGUCACAUUAAGAACAAGUAUGGUGGAGUGAUGCUGACAGCUGUUGGAGUUGAUCCUAACGAUUGUAUCUUUCCCAUUGCAAUUGCCAUAGUAGAAGUGGAAGAUACUGUCACAUGGAAGUGGUUUUUGAACACAUUGAAGGAGGAUCUGAACAUACAAAACACAGCACCAUGGACAUUGAUGAGUGAUAGGCAGAAGGGCUUGAUCAAUGCUGUCAAUGCAAUGUUUCCUGAUGCACAACAUAGAUUUUGUGUGAGGCAUCUGCAUCAAAACUUUGCAAAAAAACUGGAAAGGUGA